UCUGUCAUAGACAGUAUCCACAGCGUCUGGGAACACGAGCUCCGGACUUCAAAAAUAUAUUGUUUAAAUACUGAAAAGCUCGUAGAAUAUGGCAGAUCGGCCAAACAACGAUAGAGGUAACAACAGCAAUCAUGACCGUGACUAUCGAGGCAACUCUCAGGAAUAUCGAAACUUUCACAAUCGCAAUCGAGACUUUCGGGAUCGCAACAGGGAGGUCCCAACCGAUCCCCCCUACAUUGCCUUCGUUGGUAACCUGCCCAAGGGUCUCGUCCAGGGCGAUGUGAUGAAGAUUUUCGAUGAUUUCGAAGUGAAGAGCGUUCGCCUGAUCAAAGAUCGCGAAACAGACGAGUUCAAGGGCUAUGGCUACGUUGAGUUCACAACACUGGACCAGCUAAAGCGUGCGCUCUCUCGCAACGGACGCAUCAAACUGGACAACUUAUCGGCACCGCUGCGCAUCGACAUUGCCGACCAUCGGCGCCAGGGCGGCAAUGGUGGCACCAAUGGCGGCGGCGCUGCCUCGAGCAGCGGCGGCAAUCACAAUCAGCGUCGCAAUUUUCAGCGCGACAACAGCGUCGGCUCGCAGAGCUACCAGGGCCAGUAUUCGCGGAAACAGAACAGCCCUGGGCGCCCAGUGGGCAAUCGAUCUUCCAAUAGCAACUUUCACAUGAGCAGGCAGGAGAGCAGCCCGCGGCAAGGUGGCUAUCGCGGCGGUCGUGGCGGGGGCGAGAGAAGGGGUGGCGGCAGGGGUGGUAGCGGCGGCGGCGGCGGCGGUAGGGGUCAUCACAAUAACGAUGGCUACCAGACCAACGACGGCAGCAACAGCAGCGACUUUGGCUCCUUGGGCGGCGGCAGCCACGAUACCUCCAGCCUGGGCAGUCCCAGGCAGUGUGUGGAGCCGCACAUAUCGUCGACGAGCUUCCAGAGCAGUCGCAGCUUUCCGCACUACACGAACAACAACAACAACUACAACAAUCGAUACAAUGAUCGCGGUAACAACAACUACAGGCGUGGCGGCACCCAGCGCCAGCGCAGCAUCAGCAAUGACAACGGGCACUAUUCAAACUUCGGACAGAACCGAACACGAGAUCGUCGCGGCCACUACAACCCCAACGAGAGGUACAAUCAGCCAUCGAGCGGCACGGUUAGUCCGCCGUUCUCCAACCUGGACGACGAUGAUCGCCCGAAGAUUGUGCUGCAGCCGCGCACCGUAACCGAGCCUAUCAAUGCCCUGGCCGAGACGAAGCAGGCAGCGAGUAUUUUUGGCAAUGCCAAGCCGCGCAUGAGUCAACCCUCUCCGCCGAGUACGCCAAAUGGUGAGCCGGAGCAGCUGGACGAUUCGCAGCCAGGUGGCAGCAACAAAAACGUGGAGCCAUAACCCCACCAAAAUAUAUAUCAAAAUGAAUGAAUGAAAAAGAAAAAAACAUAACAAGUGUAGCUUAGCCAAAAAUGCGAAAAUUACUUAAUCACCCUCAAUCGAAACAACAACCACAACAAGAGCAGCUACGGGGAGCAUUAACUAUUCGACCAACCAGUACCCAACCGGCAGCCUACCCAUUCUGAUACAAUCUAUGUAAAUAUGUAAAUAUGUGUAUAUAUAUGUGCAGUUAAGUAUAUAUAUAUGUAUGUAUAUUCCAUACACUCUGUACACACGUCUAGCAGAGUAUAUCACCAUGGUGCGGCUCGUUGUAAACUCUUGAACAUUUGAAAUAAAUUUCUACGUGAUUGUGUUAAUUUUGUACGAAAUUUACACUUUCAUAUGCAGCAAUUAAA